CAAAACCCGCUGCUCACUCAAAUUAUCCCGUUGCCUUCGCAACCGGGCAAUAAUGUAAACAAACAAACCGUCAGAUCCAGUUCUUAUGCUCCCGCUCGACACCUUCCGCUAUCCCAACCCAGGCCUGUGAUCAACAACUCAACAACUACGAAUCGCUGCGUGUAUCUGUUAUAUUCAGCACAGACGCAACAGCUGGCACCAAAACCACACUCUCCUUUUUUGGUUUGGUCUAUUGUCUUCGCAGUCAUUCAACAAUAUGGCCGACUCUUCAGCCUUCCCAACAGUGCCCUGCACCCCCAUGGCUACAGUCUCUCGCAUACCUCAGAGGCAGGUUAAUGCCGCUCCCACAUCCCCUCUUUCCGGAAAACUACGAGGAGGCAAUUCUACGAAUCCCUUGGGUGAUCUUCCCCUAGGCACUAUGAACCGCGGUGCUCCUAAAAUGCAACAAUACCAGGCCAUGCCCAAGAAACCGGCAGCUACUCGCGGCGUCAGCACUACCAUCGCGAGCACUCGUGCUUUAGAUGUCAACGACAAAAGGGGUGUUUCCAACAACACGAAGCUUGCAGCCGGGCUGUCUCGAAAAUCCUCAACUUCGAGCUCGGUUUCGGGCACCACCACUUUCAAUGGCGGACAUACCAUUCGAUCCAAAUCUGCUACCUCCAUGAGGCCAAGACAGCUUGGAUCUAGACCAGGAAGUGCGCAAGACGACGUCUCCUCUUCUCGGAUCAUGCCGGUUUCUGUAGAUGCAAUCAAUGCACCUUGGGAUGUCAAAGGCAGACUAGACGGAAUGGAGCGGAGCUACGACAUGCUUCUGACGAGACUCAACGAGACUAGCGAAGAACUUAACGCUAAAGUUGCGGCACUCGAGACCGAACGAAGAGGCUCGGAACUGCAGCUUCGACAAAUGGAAAUGGCAAACAUGGAACUUCAGCAAGAGCUGCGCAAAGCAAAAAGCGAUAUGGAUGACGAUCAGCGCCGGGCCCGCAUUGAAAUGGAAGAUCUCGAGCGGAAAUAUCGGAAUGAACUUGAUGAGCAACGCAGACUGGCGAGAAUAAAAGAGGAGGAUCUUCACCACGAGCAGCGAAUGAAGAGCGAAGAGCUAAAGACGACUUCCCAAAAGACACUAGAAGAACGCGAUGUGAUGCACUCUAAGGCUGUCGAGGCACUACAGGCUUCCUUUGAAUCAGAAAAGUCAGUUCUCCAGACUCAACUGGAAACGCAGGAGCAGCAGCUUCGCGAAAAAUACGAAGCCGAGGCCGUCUCGCUACGUGAGGAGCUACAGAUUCUUGCAACAAGGCUAGAGUCUGAACGCGCAACUGCCACGUUUGAAGUGUCGAAAAGAGAUGAGGAAUUGAAGACAACGCGUGCCUUGGUUGCUUCAACCGAGGAGCAACUUCAACGCCAGCAACAGAUAACCGGAGAUCUGGAAACAAGACUUCGCCAACAAGCUGAAAGCACACUCUCUAUGGAGACCACUAAGGCGUCUUUGUUUGCAAAAAUAAACGAGCUGGAAAACGUGGUCAUGAACAAGGACAGCAGAAUUCGCGACAUGGAGAAGCAACUUGCAGACGCGACAGAUGCAGCUGCCUUGGCCAAAGAGAAAUUGAUCAAGGAAGAGACCUUGCGUCGUGUAUUGCACAACCAAGUCCAGGAGCUGAGAGGAAACAUCCGAGUAUUCUGCCGAGUUAGACCGCCGUCCGCCAAGGAGAGUUUGGAUGUGGCAGAUAUUCACUAUCCUGAUAAGGACAGAGAAUGCUCGGCAAUCGAAUUGAUUGGACCAAGCAACGAAAGCGCUUUGGGAACAGCUAUGGGAACAGUCUCUACAAAGACGCACUCGUUUGGAUUUGAUCGGGUGUUCUCUCCUGCCGCUACCAAUGCUGACGUUUUUGAUGAGAUCUCACAGCUCGUUCAGAGCGCUCUCGAUGGAUACAACGUGUGUAUUUUCUGCUAUGGUCAGACCGGAUCUGGAAAGACAUUCACUAUGUCGUCUGACGAUGGUAUGAUUCGACGUGCUGUCGACCAGAUUUUCUCGACAGCCGAAGGCUUGCAGGAUAGAGGAUGGACUUACAAACUGGAGGGGCAAUUUCUCGAAAUUUAUAACGAGACAAUCUACGAUUUACUAGUCGAGUCCGACGAGUUUGAUAAGAAGAAACUGGACAUACGGCAAGAUAUCAAGGAGGGAAAGAUCUCAGUACCAGGACUCUCAUCGCUCCGUCUGCAGAGUCGGACUGAUGUUGCUGAUGUACUCAGAAGAGCGGCCAAGAAUCGAACCGUUGCAGCAACAAAAGCUAACGAGCGUUCAUCUCGUUCACACAGUGUUUUUAUUCUCUCGCUGCACGGCACAAAUGAGUCUACAGGAGAGGAGAGACAUGGCACGCUCAACCUCAUCGAUUUAGCUGGAUCUGAGCGACUGGCACAUUCACAGAGCAAAGACGAACGAUUACGUGAGACUGUGGCUAUAAACAAGAGUCUAAGUGCUCUGCGCGAAGUUAUAACCGCCAUCGGAACUAAGGACCGUACACAUAUUCCAUACCGAAACUCGAAGUUGACAUAUCUCCUUCAAUAUUCUCUCGGGGGAAACUCGAAGACCCUUAUGUUUGUCAACAUCUCUCCGGUCAAGCAGCACAUCCCCGAGACCGUGAAUUCACUCAGAUUUGCUACAGUAGUCAACAAUACCCAUAUCGGACCGGCAAAGAAGAAAUAGAUCGCUGCACAAGGCAACAACGGCGGAUGCGACUGACAGCUUUAUUUUUAGUUUGUGCUUUUGUUCAGAUGACCGAAUAUAUAUCAUUAAUGACUUUGAUGAACUG